AUGGUUCUUCGUCGAUCAGACGGCCAUCAUCACUCGACCAUGCUAAACUCCACGUAAACGACCUAAACCCUAAGAACCACGUCCUGUAUUCGCUUCGGCCCCUUCUCUCGCUGUCAUCUACCGCACAGAACCCUAUUUCUCCUUCCAGAAAUUGAUGUAGUAGUAGCAUAAGAAGACUAUUUCAGGAACCUUGCUAGUGCUACAAACAUGGCGAAGAAGAACCCACUUGUUUUUUUGGAGAUAUCACUUGCUGGUGGCCCUGCCGAGAGAUUGGUAAUCGAGCUUUUUUCAGAUGUUGUUCCAAGGACGGCUGAGAAUUUUCGUUCACUUUGCACGGGUGAGAAAGGUUCUGGUCGUUCCACUUUAAAGCCUUUACAUUACAAGGGAUCAAUCAUUCAUCGCAUAAUCAAAGGAUUUGUUGCUCAGGGUGGUGAUUUUACAAGACAAGAUGGCAGUGGUGGUGAGAGCAUUUAUGGAGGAAAAUUUCCAGAUGAAAAUUUCAAACUGAAGCAUGAUGGACGUGGAAUUGUGUCCAUGGCAAACAGUGGUCAAGAUUCAAAUGGUUCCCAGUUUUUUAUUACGUUUAAGGCUACACCACAUCUUGAUGGCAAACAUGUUGUUUUUGGAAAGGUUGUACAAGGUAUGGAUUUUCUGAAGAAGAUUGAGCAAGCCGGUUCUGAUACCGGAAAGCCUACUUGUCUUGUAAAAAUUGUAAAUUGCGGUGAAAUAACUGAAAUUAAAGCUGCCACUUUUUCAACGGAGAAAGUAUUUACAGGCAAGAAACUUGCAAAGUUUGGGAAAGAUCUUUCAGAUAGUUCUGAUGGACUGAGGGAAAGAGACAAAAGACAUGUUAAGGACAAAAGGGCAAAGAGGAAAAAGAGAUAUUCAUCAUCAGAUUCUUAUAGCUCUGAUGAUUCUGAUUCUGAUUCCGAUUCAUCUAGUAGUGAUUCUGAUUCUGACCCUUCAUCAUCAAGCACAAGCUCAUCCAGUGACUACAGACGCAAGAGGAGAAAGAAAGCUUCUAAAAAGGAGAAAAAUGAAAAUAGAAAAAGAAAAAGGGUGAAGCAUCGCAGAAACUAUAGCAAAAAGUCAAGACAAAAGUCAAAAUGGAUUUCUACAAGUUCAAGUGAUUCAGGCAGUGGGAAUAGUAACAGUAGAGAUUCUGAUAAAGAAAAAGUUGGCAGCAAAAAUAUUGAUAGAUCUGAUAAAAAAUCACCGCCUGCUGAUAUAUCUGCCAAAGUUCUUGGUAAAGUAGCUGUAGAAGGGAAAACAUUUGCUGACAAGAAGUCUUCUAAAGAUUAUGCUUCCCAAGAGGAGGGUGAAGUUCAAGAAAACGGGGAAGCUAGGCAACAUAAUGAUGAUUUGGAUACCCAAGUUGACAGACCCAUAAAUCAGCAUCACAUUUCUGAUGAGAAAUCAAUUGGAUCCAGGGGGCUGCACAAGAAAUCUGGAGGUGGUAUGAGUCCUAGUAGUGGUCCAAGUGGGAGCCUACAGUUGGAUGGUUCUGCCAGAAGUCCAGAAAGAGAGCCCAUCAGGCAAUAUCAGCUGUCAACUAAAGCCUCAGAGCCUGCACCAACUGAAACACAAAAUAUUACCAAAGUUUCUCAAGAUGGUGGUUCUCAACGCAUAAGAAAAGGACGAGGAUUUACUAAGGAAUAUUCAUUUGCUCGUCGGUAUAGGACACCAUCACCGGUACGUUCGCCUGUUCGUCCUUCCCAAUAUAAGGGAAGAAAUGAUCUAGGAAGAGAUGUCGAUAGGAAUGGAAGGUUCAGGAAUUACCGGGAGUGGUCACCACCAAGGCGUUCACGAAGAUCUCCAAGCAGGAGUCCUGACAGAUAUCGUGGCAGAAGAAUGCGAAGCAGGAGCAAUUCUCGCAGUCCUAGGUAUCAGCGCCAUAAUCGCGACCGGAGCUCGAGUCCAAGGAGAAGCCGAAGUCGAAGUCCGGCAGGCGGGCAUCGCCCAAUUGUUGGUGGCGCGCUUCGAUCUCGUCUUGGUCCAAGAAGGACCAGUCCUCAAUGGAGAGCAAAAUCUAGAUCCAUUAGUCGCUCCAGGUCUCCUGAUGCAGGCAAGAGCAAGAAAGCAGCGUCUCUAAGCAGGUCCAGGUCCAGCAGUCCGGCUGGACACAAAGGUCUGGUUUCCUAUGGAGAUGGGGAACCCUGAAACCACCAGUCUUUUUGCCCAGGCUUGCAUUUCAUCUUACUCUAUUGGUUUCAGUAUAUGUUUUAUCCAAACUUUGAAUAUUUGGGGCAAAUGAGUUUACAUUCUUCACGUUUAGAUCAACUUACAAUUGUUUGUAUUUUGUAAGAUGUUAUUUAUGGUUUCUGAAGUUUGUUUCAAGUUUUGUUGGGUUUUAAGCAUGAUUCUAUCAGGAUUUUGUUGGUUAAAUCUAUCAUGUUGUACUUGAUACAGACCAUUGUUACAAUGAUUAUUAUUACCAAGGAUUGAAAAA